UCAUUCAUUUUCCCUUUUUUUUUUUCCAUUUUUCUUUCUCUAAAAAUCCUCUGUUCCGUUGCUUCACAUCACAUUUUCUUCUUCCCAUUUUUUCCUUCCAUGGAAAAGAAAUCAGAGAUUACAAUCUGAUUUAAUCAUGUCCACAGACGGUGUUGGCAUCUUCACCGGUUCGGCGCCGAGCUCCGCCCCCGGUUCGCCCAAAAGCCGCCUCAAGUUCCUCUGUAGCCACGGCGGCAGAAUCCUCCCCCGCCCCUCCGACGGCCACCUCAAGUACGUCGGCGGAGAAACCCGUGUCAUCUCCGUCCCUAUAGACAUUUCAUUUCAGGAACUGAUGAAGAAGGUGUGCUACAAAAUAGACGGACAAAUGAGGCUCAAAUACCAAUUACGGUCCGAGGACCUCGAUGCCCUCGUCUCCGUAAAAUCCGACGAAGACCUCCGCCACAUGCUCGACGAGAUAAACUUCCACGAGCACUCAAACCUCCCGAGACUCCGCACCUUCCUCUUCCCUCUCAAACCUCCCGAGCCAAACCCCAUACGCUUACACGCGGCACUCAAUGCAAUGCAACAAAGCUCGAGAGUCUCGUCUGCAUGCUCCUCCCCACGCUCCCCCGACAGCUGUACCACUGAGACCCUAAACCAAAUCCCAAACAGCUACUUUACGAACACUGGCCAGGCCUCCAUUAGCAGCAUACACAGGGUCCGGAGCUCACCCACCAUAUGCAGCCUCGGCAAUGGACCGAGUAUUUGCCACCAGCCAGCUAAGCUGAUAGUCGAGCAGCAGAAGAGCUUGAUGCCUGACCGUCUGAUCUCGGUUAGGUCGGUGGGUCGAGCUGAAGGGGUGAGGUUCCAGGUGGAUUCUUUGCCUGUGCAAUAUUAUGCCCCUUUUAUAGAUAGGAGGAUGAUGGGAGAGAGAAAUGUGAGCCUUGCGACAAGCCCAGUGUCGGCAAGUCCGCUUGGGCCUGGGCUGGGCAGCCGGGCCUGGGAUAGGGAUGUUUGAAUUUGUUUAGAAGAUGUGUGAUAUGUGUUUAGUAUGUUCGGAAUGAUGUUUGACGGAUGGAAUGUGAGUGGUCAGGGUUGACGAUGAACGAUCAAAUGGUUAGGAUGUUGU